UCGGGAGAGAAACGCGAUCGGUAACAGUGUAGCUUUUGACUGUGAUUCAGGAAAUUCGAUUUGUUUGAACGUGAGUUUGCGCCACAACAUCUUUGUAACUGGGAAGUGCCAAGACACCACCGUCCACAGCCACACCAGCGGAAAGGCAGCACUAAAGUGAUAUCAAACGAUCGUGGCCAUUUAUUGCCAGGAAUUCCAAGAUUGAAUUCCCGAGAGCAAGUGUACGACUUGAGUUUGAUUAAAAACGUGGGCGGAAAAAAUCCAUCAAAAAAGAAAGACUCGAAGCAUAAAAACAGAGGAGAAAAACAGCGGCAAACAGAGGACAAAGAAAAAGAUUUAUCGUACAAACCAGGUGAUUUGACCGAAGCAGAUCAACAGCACCACAGUCGGUCGAUAUUAGAACAGAAAUCUCCCAUUCGAUUACCCGAAUUGAAUGAUUUAUAUGUGGAGAAGCCAAAAAAUGAUUUAGAUUUAAAAGCGUGUGACCAAAGAGGUUGUUAUGAAGCUGAACAAGGAUCACCAAAUUCGCUCACGGAACUAAUCGAACAAUUGCCUCAAAUCGACCGAACUAUGCGACAAGAAGUAUCAGAAAAGCCAGGGGAAAGUAAUACAGUUCCGUUGAUUCCAGCGGCGUGUAAUUUUCAAGCCGCUCGGAAAAUGGCACAAGAGAAUUUAGAGCAUCAACCGCUACCUGACUCAAUUAUGGAUCGCACCUUUCUGAAAAUGCAAGCGCAGGGCCUUCUCAACCCGGAGUUAUCAUUGAAUGUUGAACCGUCGGCAACUGGAGUCGGUGUUCGAACCCACAAUGCCGGACCAACGCAUUGCACAAAAUUAAAAGUCUAUCGUCCGAAAACGUGUGGUGUGGUACCGCCGCCAAUUGACAGUCGAAAUGGUCAUUCGCGUCCACAAACUGCCUUCAGUCACAAAGCAAAAAUUGAUCCAAUGGAUUUGGCGAUCUGUUGGGAUUACACGCCCAAAAACCCAUUGGACGAACCGAAACCAAGUGCUCACAUCGAUGGUACAAAUGAUAUCGUCGCACCGGCCAUUUUUAGUGUAGUACAAACACCAAAAGCCCUCGAUGACUAUAACACUGGCCGUUCAGCUGGUGUAUUUACCCAUACAGCUGGCGAAGAGAGUUUCUUUGACAAAGAUAUUAUGCUUCGAAAUAAAAAUUACUUCUCAACUCGUCUGGAGAAAAAUACGGACCGUGCAUGCAAGUGUUCAGCCGAUUCGCGUUCGCAUAGCGCCAGUCGAAAAGCGUCACAACAAGAACGACUACAAGCCAGUAACCGAUGCAAAAGUUCACCAAAUCUGUCGGUUCUGGUACACCCAAGUGAAGGUACGACCAGAGAGAGUAUCAUCGUUUGCAAUUACAACAAAGAACACUACCAUUACCGUCCCGAACCAACGAAACAUCAUCGUCGACCCGUCGUUGCUAGAAAACACAUUUGCUGCGAAAAAUCUCGAACGGCUCGACUCUGCGAGCAAAAUGUGCAAAAAUUAAACCAACAAAUUGUCGAAAAGUUAGAGUUUAAAUCGGCAUUUAAAGCUGGCGUGCCAAAGAGCCACUCGAGUGGCUUUUGUAGCAGUGUUGAUCACACGUCCAACGGCAGCAAUUCCACUGGAUCCGAAUUCACAACCAAAGUAUUCAAAAUUCCAAAGCCUCGACAACCGUACGCAAAGAAAAACUAUACCAUUGACACGUUGGCACCACCGUUUGCCUGCUGGAAAGGUGGCGCCGGCCAGGGCGGAUAUCCCGAGCAUUGGAGACUCGCAAGUGUUUAUCAACAUGCAUACAAACCGAUCGAUCAACGCAAACGACCACUUUUAGCUACGGUUUAUCAAUAAAACAGAAACAUAUGGAUGUAAUUGAGUAAAUUUACUUUUCACUUUGUGGUUGUUUUUAUCAUUCAAAAUGAUUCAAUGUUCAUCGUUUAUCUUAUUCUUUCUUUUCUUUUCAAUUUCUAAUCGAUUCGCUUGAAAAAAAAAAAAACUAAAUAAAAUUAUGUUAAACUCUCAA